GUUCCAUGGACUUGGCUGGAUCCGUGAGGGAGAGACUUUGUGAAUCUCAAGAUGCUGUAGAGUGUGGUGAUCUGCAUCAGUUGGAGUAGGUAGGAAAAUUUUCCUCAAAGUUCAGGAAAAUCAAUUAAUUAAGUGAUCGAGCUUGACUUAAUUCUAGAAGAUCUGCAAAUUAGUCGAUAUGAUAUAUAGCAUUUCUUUUCCGAUCGAGGAGUUGGGUGAGAUAAGGAGAAACUCCACAAGAAGAAAGUAGGAGCUAGUUUCAGUACUCUCGUUUGAAUUUGUAUAUAUAUGUCUAUUGGCUACAUUUAGAUUUCCCAGCAGGCUUAGCUUAGAAAGACAUAAUUCCAAUGGAGGAGAAGCUGCUUCCUCCUGGGUUUAGGUUUCAUCCCACCGAUGAGGAGCUCAUCACCUACUAUUUGACUGGAAAGGUCACCGAGAUUGGAUUUGUCACCGAAGCUAUUGCAGAUGUUGAUCUCAACAAGUGCGAUCCUUGGGAUCUCCCGGGGAAGGCGAGUAUGGGGGAGAAAGAGUGGUACUUCUUUAGCAUAAAGGAUCGAAAAUAUCCGACGGGACUUCGUAUCAAUCGAGCCACAGAAUCGGGUUAUUGGAAGACCACCGGCAAGGACAAAGAGAUCUUUCAUCGUCGAGUCUUGGUCGGGAUGAAGAAAACCUUGGUGUUCUACAAGGGCAGAGCCCCCACGGGCGAGAAGACCAACUGGGUGAUGCACGAGUACAAACUAAUCCACACUAAGCUUCCCUACAGUGCAAUUACAAAGGAAGAAUGGGUGGUGUGCAGGGUCUUCAAAAAGAGUUGCAGCGGGAAGAUUAUUAAGCCACAACCAAGCCCUCUACAAGCGUCACUGGAUUAUUAUUCCUCGUGCAACAAUUUCACCUCGCUCAAUGCGUCCAAUUUAAACGAUUUCGUGAGCGCCAGCUCAACAAUUGGCUCGCAGAAGCCUUUGCAGCUACCAAAUUACAACGGUGAGUGGAUCCAAGGCCUGUUGGGCGCUGGAAUCGUCCCAGAAAUGAUGAAGGCUUCGUUGCCGGCGAUCCAUAAUAUUGUCCAACCUCAUCAGGCACAAGCUGAAGCAAUGCAAGCGGCUGCAAUGUCGGACGUCGCCAGCUUGGGCUCGUGCGUGGCUCAGGGCGACAACAAUUUGGACGGCGUUUCUACGCAGGAAAUACUUUGGAGAGAUUACUAAGAAACGAAGAUCGUCGACCGAUUGCUUGGGCCAUCAGUGAUUGCUAGCUGUGCUCGGCGAGUGCAAAUCAAUCAACGUGCCUGUUUCCGAAGGAACGGCACGGCACGGCACGGCACGGUAGCCGUGCACGCUAUAUUUUUCUUCUUCUACACAAAAAUUUCAGCAAAGUUACAAAAUUAAUUGGAUCGCAUAAUUUGGAUAAUGGAUGAUUAAUCAAAUAUGCAAGAGAUCGAUGUAUGGUGCGGUGUCGCUUUCGUCGGCCAUACAUUUAAAAAAGACUUGCCUUCGUUGUUCCAUAGGUCAAGGUCGUUCUAUUUCUAAAUUGCAAAACGUUCAGGGCCAGUCUAAUAAUUAAAGCCACAUUAUUGAAAUUUGAAACCCAAAAAGAAAAAAACACAAAGGAAAAGUCCAAAGUCGCAACCACUUCAUGAAGAUGGGAAAACCCUCUGUCUGCUCUGCUGCAACCUCGUGGAAGUUUCCGCUCCAGCAGCACCGUGACUUCGCGUGGUUAAGCCUUCGCUUAAACUUGAUCAGUUAUACUUGA